AUGUUAAAAGGUUAUUUUCACGGUAAAACAGGCAGAAUUCAGCCGUAUUUUAGCCGUAUUUAUGGCAGAACAAUAUCUUUUAAUAGACCAGUAAGAGCAGCACCGCCGGUUGGUUUUCGUCCGCAAUCAGAAUCAUUGGUAGAAACAUCAGAAACAUCAGGAACAUCAAAAAUAUCUAAAACGCCUAAAAAGUCUAUUUUAGAUAAGGCAGGAGAUUAUUUCUUAUUAUCAGAGAUGUUUCGUGGAAUGUACGUGGUUCUGGAGCAGUUUUUUCGGACGCCAUAUACGUUAUUUUAUCCGUUUGAAAAAGGGCCAGUUUCACCUAGAUUUCGUGGAGAACAUGCUUUACGUCGAUAUCCAACAGGAGAAGAGCGGUGUAUUGCAUGUAAACUUUGUGAAGCAGUAUGUCCUGCACAGGCAAUUACUAUUGAAGCAGAAGAACGUGCGGAUGGAUCACGUCGUACAACUCGCUAUGAUAUAGAUAUGACAAAAUGUAUUUAUUGUGGAUAUUGUCAAGAAAGCUGUCCUGUCGAUGCUAUAGUUGAGACAUCGAAUGUUGAAUAUGCAACAGAAACUCAUGAAGAACUUUUAUAUAAUAAAGAAAAACUUCUUUCUAAUGGAGAUAAAUGGGAAGCAGAGAUUUCUAGAUCAAUUCGAGCCGAUCAUUCUUAUCGUUAAAUACACCCUUCAAGAUUCUUUUUUAAUUCACUUUUUAAUUCAAAUAUAGACGUUUUUGACAUUUAUCUUUUAUUUCUGGAUUCUUAAGUCAUUCUAUUUUACAUAUUCUAUUUUACACAUUCUAUUUUACGCUUAUGUUUCAGUAUACCCUUUAUCUUACAUGUUUUAUACAAUAUACAUGUUUAUACAUGGUUGUUGCUUCUUUAUAUUCAUUUUUAUCUCUUUUUACUUAUGUUUUAUAUUUGUUUUUAAAAAACCUUAAUAUAUCUUUCUUUAUUCAACGACAUUAAAUUUAGAGUUUAAAUAAAAGCUGUUGUUAUAAAUAUUUAUAAAGACUAAGAUAUGGAUUCUAAAGAUCUGAAGAAUAU